CAUAGCCAUGGUGAAGGAAAGCACCAAAGCAAGCGGUCCAACCAAGAGGAAGCCGAAGGUCAUAUUUGGCACCAAAGCACUUCAGACGAGCGACGGCGAUGGAGCUUCGAGCUUAGUCGGUGGCAUAGUCGAGAAAGGUAUUUCCGAUAUGCCGCUGUCGGGCCCCACUCCACCGCCUCGGCCGACGGUUCUUCCUUUCCCCGUCGCUCGCCACCGUUCCACCGGCCCUCAUUGGGGUCCGGUGAAUAGUAAAUUGGGUGGUGAGGAGGAUGGUGGUGAAGGGGAUGAUGAGGAUGAUGAAGAUGUUAUGGACUUCGAACACAUCAGGGAUUUCGCUAUACGGGUUGAGAGGAAGAAGAAGAAGGAUAUGGACUUCAGUAAGUGGGCAGAGAAGGAGCUUGAUGAUAAUAGCUCAAGAACUUUAAGGGAAACAAUGGAAUUUAGUACUAGAAAAAUUGAGUCAAAUAAAUUGCUUUCCCGGCAAAAGAAUGAACAUGUAUCUGCAUUGGGUAACUUGAAGAUUGAACAAGAAUUUGUGUUGGGUAACUCGAAGAGCGAACAAGAAUCUGUGUUGGGUAACUCGAAGAGUGAACAAGAAUCUGUGUUUAACAACAUGGAAAUUGAAGCGGACAUGAAUGCAAAUUCCAUGCCUGAUAAUAUUCGAAAUGAACAAGGGGAAUCUGUGUCACUUGAGGCUCAGAUUGAUGAAGAGAACCAUGCACGGUUGCAAGGGAUGUCUGCAGAUGAGAUUGAAGAAGCACAGGCGGAGAUCAUGGGGAGACUGGACCCUGCAUUGCUCCAAGUACUCAAACGGAGGGGUGAAGAGAAAUUGAGGAAGCAAAGAAGCCCCAGCUCAGAUAACAAUGAACCAAAAGCUUCCUCUAGCUCUCACAGUGGGCCGUCUCAUGUGGCUACAAAAAUUACUUCAAACGAUACACAAACUUCAGUUAAGGAUAGAUUGGAGCAGAAUUCAGGCAAAGCCAGUGGCAGUUUGUGGAAUGCUUGGAGUGAGAGAGUCCAGGCAGUUAGGGACUUAAGGUUUUCCUUGGAUGGAACUGUUAUUAUAAAUGGCUUCCACCAGAUAUCUCAGAGUAGUAAUUUAUCCGAGCGUGACUACCUGCGUACUGAGGGGGAUCCCGGUGCUGCUGGUUAUACAAUUAAAGAAGCAGUGUCUCUUACUAGGAGUGUGAUUCCUGGACAGCGGACGCUGGCUUUGCAUUUCCUUUCAACUGUGCUUGAUAAGGCAUUACAAAAUAUUCAAGCACAAGAUCAGUUUAUUGGAAAAGAUACUAGUAAACUCGACAAAUCUGCUGACUGGGAAGCCGUUUGGGCUUAUGCACUUGGCCCAGAACCUGAGCUUAUUUUAUCUCUUAGGAUAUGUCUCGAUGAUAACCACAAUAAUGUAGUUCUGGCUUGUGCCAAAGUUCUUCACCGCAUAUUAAGCUGUGAUGUGAAUGAGAGCUUCUUUGACGUCUCAGAGAAAAUAGCAACCCUGCAUAUGGAUAUAUUUACUGCCCCUGUAUUCAGAAGCAAACCAGAGAUUGAUGUUGGUUUCCUUCGUGGUGGAUUUUGGAAGUACAAUGCCAAGCCUUCUAAUAUAUUUGCUCUUGAUGAGGAAAUUAUUAAUGAUGAGACUGAAGGGAAACGUACCAUUCAGGAUGAUGUUGUAGUUGCUGGACAAGAUUUUGCGGCAGGUUUGGUGCGGAUGGGAAUCCUUCCACGGCUUCGCUAUGUUUUGGAGUCAGACCCUAUGGCGGCUUUGGAAGAAUACACAAUCUCUAUACUUAUUGCAAUUGCAAGGCAUUCCCCAAAAUGUGCGGUUGCAAUCAUGAAUUGUGAAAGGCUUCUUGAAACAAUUAUCAGCAGAUUUAUUGCAAAAGACACUGUAGAUAUCCAGCCUUCUAAAAUAAAGUCUGUUAGACUUCUAAAGGUGUUGGCUCAAUCUGAUCGGAAGAACUGUGUUGCUUUUAUAAAGAAUGGGACUUUCCAAACUAUGACAUGGCAUUUGUAUCAAUAUUCCUUCCUUGACAACUGGGUAAAAUCUGGAAAGGAAAACUGUAAACUUUCUUCGGCUUUGAAGGUUGAACAACUGCGUUUUUGGAAGGUUUUUAUUCAGCAUGGCUAUUGUGUGUCAUACUUCUCAGAUAUUUUCCGUAACUUGUGCUUGUGGCUGAACGCACCUACUAUUGAAAAACUUAUUGAGAAUGAUGUACUUUGUGAAUUUGCAUCCAUCUCUGCUGAGGGAUACCUUGUUCUGGAGGCUUUGGCUAGAAGGCUCCCAAGUCUGUUCUCACAGAUGUGUCUGAGCAAUGAAAUCUCUGAGCAUUCUGGUUACGGAACUGAAUUCUGGUCUUGAAGCCAGGUUGGUCCAAUGGUUGAUAUAGCUCUAAAGUGGAUAGUUUUGAAGAAUGAUCCCAGCAUAUGCAAGUUCUUUGAGAGAGAAAAUGGAAGUCGUGGUGGUCUUACUGCCCAGGAUUUAUCAGUCACUUCCUUGUUAUGGGUGUAUUCAGCUGUAGUACACAUGCUUUUCAGAGUGCUUGAAAGAGUGAUACCAGAUGAUUCUGUCCACUCACUUGAAAGUGGUGGUCAUGUGCCAUGGCUUCCAGAGUUUGUUCCUAAAGUGGGACUUGAAAUGAUUAAAAAUGGGUUUAUGGGCCAUUCAGAUACUCUUUAUGCAAAAUAUGGAAUAGAUCCCAAGGGAGAUGGCUCUUUCAUUGAGAAACUGUGCCAUUUGAGAAAUCUUGGUAACUGCGAAACAUCAUUAGCUUCUGUAUGUUGCUUACAGGGGUUGGUGGGGAUUAUUGUUAGCAUCGAUAAAUUGAUAGUGUUAGCCAGGACAGGCGUCCAAACACCGCCCCAAAAUUACACUUCAUCAAGAGAAGAGAGAGUACUUAAGGAUGGUUUACUUAAGGGGUCUUUGGUUGAAUUGAGAAGUGUGCAAAAUACUUUUAUGAAGUUAGUUGCUUCUGAGUGGCCCCAUGUGCAGUCCAUUGAGAUGUUUGGCAGGGGAGGACCUGCUCCCGGGGUAGGAGUUGGCUGGGGUGCCUCUGGUGGAGGAUAUUGGUCUGGUACUGUUUUGUUAUCACAGGCAGAUGCAAGAUUUCUCGUUUACUUACUUGAAACUUGGACGCUUGUGUCCAAUUUUAAUAGCCCCACAGAAGAAGAAAUGACUUUUACUAUGCUGGCAAUUAAUUCAUCUUUAGUAGUAUGUGUAGGUGCUGGACCAACAGACAGGACUUAUGUGACAAAGGCGUUAAACAUUUUGCUUGAUGUAUCGGUUCUUAAGUAUCUUGAUCUCUGUAUUCGACGUUUUCUUUCCUCAAAUGGGGGAAUGAAACUGUUUGAUUGGGAUUAUAAAGAAGAGGAUUACCUACUCUUUAGUAAAACAUUAGCUUCUCAUUUCAGCGACAGAUGGUUAUCUGUAAAGAAAAAGCUCAAAGAUAGUGAUGGCAUGAAAUCCUCUGAUAGUAAAUCACUGAAAAAGGGUAAAGCUUCCCUCAAUACCAUAUACGAGGAAUCGGACACACCACCUAUGAUCAGUCAAAAUUGCACAUCUUUAGUUGCAGAGUGGGCUCACCAGAGACUGCCACUACCCAUUUCCUGGUUUCUCAGUCCAAUCUCGACCCUUUGUGAUAGCAAGCAUGCUGGUCUUAAGAAGUUCUCCAAUGUACAAGACCUCAUGCAGGAUCAAGGUGAUUUUCUUGGAGUUGCCAAAUCUGGGCUUUUCUUCCUUUUGGGUAUUGAAGCACUGUCCAGUUUCUUACCAGUUGACGUCCCAUCCCCAGUUAAUAGUGUUUCGUUGGUUUGGAAAUUGCAUUCUCUAUCUGUGAUCUUACUCGUUGGAAUGGGUGUGGUUGAGGAGGAGAAGAGUAGGGUUGUUUUUGAAGCUUUACAAGAUCUCUAUGGGAAUCUUGUUCAUCAGGCAAGGCCGUCUACCUUAUUGCCAGAACCUAGAAACGAAAACAACCUGGACGUUCUGGCAUUCCAAUCAGAGGUUCACGAGAGUUACUCAGUAUUUAUUGAAACUCUUGUGGAUCAGUUUUCUGCUGUAUCUUAUGGUGAUUUGAUAUAUGGCCGGCAAGUUGCAGUUUAUCUACAUCGUUGUGUGGAAGCUCCUGUGCGCCUUGCUGCCUGGAAUACACUAACCAACUCUCGUGUUCUUGAACUUCUGCCACCUCUUGAGAAAUGCUUUACUGAUGCAGAGGGGUACCUUGAACCUGCUGAGGAUAAUCCGGGUAUUUUGGAGGCGUACGUUAAGUCAUGGACUUCUGAUGCCCUCGAUAGGGCUGCAAGUCGAGGAUCACUUGCAUAUAAACUGGUUAUCCACCACCUUUCGGCUUUCAUUUUCAACUCAUACACUGGUGACAAGCUAUUGCUUAGGAAUAAGCUUUCAAGGUCUCUUUUGCGAGACUUCUCUCUGAAGCAACAACAUGAGGCUAUGAUGCUGAACCUUAUUCAAUAUAACAAGCCAUCUAUACCGCAUGAGACCAAGCACGAGGAUGGAGUGCCUGUGGGGAAUGACGUUGAGAAGAGGCUCGAGUUACUGAACGAAACUUGUGAAUUAAAUUCCUCACUUUUAGCUGCUGUGGAGAAGAUAAAGUCAUCCUUAAAGAACAAUCUGUCGUGAGCAAUUCUGCACUUCGUAUGCUUUUUUUUUUUGUAUGUGAGAAAGAGAGGCCGGCUAGGUCAAUCAAAUGUUUUUGCAUCGAUUGAUCAAUUUUCUAACUUGUAGACCACUGAACUAAAACUCCGGCAACUUCUGUACAUACUAAAGUUAACAGGAAUUCUUUUGACAAGCUCGAUCCAGCUUCUGUAAAUCCGGUAUGAAAUAGCAUUGGAUUUUGACACGCUCCUUCAGAGAA